ACAAAGGAGCCAGUUCAACGUUGGAUGGCGAACGGUGCAUCCGUGCGCGACGCCACUCGUUCAUCGCUCGAGAGAUCGACAACGACGACGACGACGACGACGACGACGACGACGACGAGAUUCGAGUCCGCGCGUCGCCGUCAAGUCGCUAACGUUACGCGACGCGAUCCGCGAGAAGAUACCUCAACUCUGGUCGCUGCAAAGUUCGCAGGCCGCAUGCAAAGGAGAUAACUCGGAGAGCGUGUGACUACUCCGGGAGAGCGCGGCACCGAUCACGGUAAACGCGAAGCGGUGGCUCGAGGUCCGAAGGGCAGCGCGCAAACAAAUGCUGUAAAAAUGCCGUCGUUGCUGGAAGCGUUGGAGCUCAAGUACGGCAGCUCAACGACGGACUGUUCAUUAACGGACGAUGAGGCAGAGUCCGGUUCGCCUAAGGCUGCCUUGUCGGUAAGCAUCUUCAUCCCUAAGAAGUCCCCACGUCACACGGUGCCGGCGUUACUGGUUCUCCAGGACUGCGACAUCGAGUCGGCGGGCAGCGACGCUGAGAAACUCCGUAGCAAGUGUAAAAAUGUCGAGGAACUUGAUCUGGCGCAGAACAAGCUGUCACAAUGGACGGAAGUAUUUGGUAUCUUGCAGCACAUGCCCAAGAUCAAGUUUGUAAACUUGAGCUUCAACUGUCUCGCAGAGGUGUUGGAAAUCAAACAUGGUAACUACGAUCUUUUGAGGAAUCUUGUGCUUAACGGCACCAGGGUUUCGUGGUCGACGGUGCAGGGACUGGUGCGGCUCUUGCGCAAUUUGGAGGAACUCCACUUGUCCUUGAAUGAAUAUAAAACGGUGGAUCUGGAUUAUCAAAAGCCAGAGAAUGUGAAUCCGGCGCUAAAGAAAUUACACUUUACCGGCAAUCCGGUAGAAAUUUGGAACGAGAUCUCGAAGUUGGGGUAUGUAUUUCCAAACUUGAAGAGUCUCGUUCUCGCCGAAUGUCCGAUCAAGUCGCUUGGGUUGGAGGAAAAUCGGAAUUUGUCAAACGAGGAUGGCCGUCGAAUGAAGGAAGAAAGUCAUGGACAGGACAACGAGAAUAUGAAUCAUUUCGAUGCGGACGAACAUACGACAUCGUCGACAGACGAGAAGGGAAAUAGGAUAUUCGACAGUAAGGUCAAUUACGAUAGAUCCGAGUCGAAGCCGGAAUCCAAUGGAAUGACCAUAGAGUCGCCCCACGAUCCCUUCAGGAUGUUAAGGUUUUUGAAUGUAAAUGGUACCCUACUGUCGACCUGGGACGAAGUCGAAAGACUCGCCAGGUUUCCCGCGCUCAAGUCGCUCCGAAUCCAAGGUUGUCCGCUUUUCGAGAGUCCACGGGAGUACACGGAACACGAGAGGCGGCAGUUACUAAUAGCACGACUGCCAAACGUCGAGACUUUGAACGGCGGCGGUGUAAUAUCGUCUCAAGAGCGCGAGGACGCGGAGAGAGCCUUCAUACGUUAUUACAUGGACAAGCCGGAAGCCGACCGGCCCGAAAGAUAUUCCGAGCUCGUGGCUAUUCACGGAAAGUUGGAUCCUUUGGUGAACGUAGAUUUGACACCGGAGAAAAGGGUCAAGGUUACCUUCACUUACGGUGAUCUCGUCGAGAUACGAUCGGUGGAUGUAUAUAGAACAGUUUUCGAAUUAAAAACCAAGUUGGAAAGUAUGGUGAAAAUUCCUGCCAAUAGAAUGAGACUUUUCUACAUUGAUCAGGAAAUGAAGACGCAAUACGGACCGGAGGAAAUGCUAUAUCCAAACAAGCAGCUCUAUCGAUACAAUAUUAGGAACGGCGACGAGAUCAUCAUCGACAGUAAACUGAAUCGAUUCGCGUCGACAUCUUCGGCCACAUCUUCUAUUCGUUCCUGAGAAGAAGAGCACCGAGUGAAUCGUGCGGUAUUGAAGAAAUCCGAUAAUUUCUCGGGUUGAUCUCCCCGUAUAGCUUUACGAUGCGACACUCGUCGGUGAAUCGGUAACAACUUUGUUACAUAUCGAUAGAGACGCACCGCGCGCACCGCGCGUUUUCACAAAAUCGCGUUUGCUGAUACCGCGGAUCUGAGCACGAAAACAACAAUUAUUACAAUCGAGGAAAGGCAAUUCGGGAGUGUUUCCCUACGCAAAAGUACAGAGAGAAUUAUGUAUAGGAAUUAUGUAUUAUGUAGGAGAAUUAGAAAUUUGCGAAUGUUCAAUGUUACUUUAAGCCGCAAAUAUUUCAGAAAUAAUAACGGAUCGAUGAUUACAAUAAAUUGGAGAAGACUCGAUAGAUUCUUCUCCAGCAAAAAAAGCAAAAUUGCUUAAGAUCAACCAAAUGUUUCUUCGUAUGUUUCAACAUUUUCGGAAAAACAUUGUGGAUUAUCAAUGUCAAUGUACUUUGGUCGCAGCAAGAAGUCGGGAUUAUAGAUAAUUAUUUUCUCGCGUAAUAAACUUAUCCAAAUCUCGACGUAUUUUAAACUUAAAUCGCUACUAACGGGCCUGAUACGAGUAGAUAAGAUAAUUACGAAGAUUAUUAUUGCGUCCAGUGUACGCGCGUACACAUGCACUUAGAUGGAUAGUUAGUCAUUUCUUUCUCUUUUCUUUAACGUAGCAAUUCUCGUCUGCUUAAGAGAUGAGAGAGCAGAAUUGUACAUAGCGAAUUUCAAUUUCCAGCCAAAUUCGAUAUAACUGCGACGUGAGGGGGAUCUCAUUUCCUCGGUGAGAAGGAGAAUAAUAGGAAUUCAUAGAGGAAGAUAAUUCGACUUAUCUUAGGACGAUGCCAACGACGAAUGUAACGAGACGCGCCAUUAAGGCUGUCAUCAAGAGAGACGGAGAGAACGAAAUAUUUUUGUAGAGAUCGCGGAUGGUUAUUCUUAAAGAAAGUAUAAGAUCUACUUAUUCACGAGUGCGUUUUGCUCCUCGAUUGAAUAUCGGGCAAUGAUAAAAAUAUAUAGCGCCGCAUUUUAUUUGCAGUCGCAUUUUUGUCGCGCACGCAUUUCGGUCGCACCCGAAAAAAUGCGUGUGUGCCUCUUUCACGAAGAUCAUUUGCCUAAAAAGCAAAGGAAAACCUCGCGCGAAAUUCUCAAGUGUUUAAAGAGAUAGAGAUAGAUAGUACGUGCAUCGCUGAUUCGCAAAGCGUCCACUUGUUUGUCGUUGUCGUCUCGACAAAUGAGACAAAUCUGUCUUUCGAAGGUGAUAUAUUAUUUAAACGUAAAUUCUUUCUUUUCUUCAUUUGCAAACUCGGCGCGAGAUUAAAACGCACAAGUCUCAUCGGUUCGCAAAUGGUGGCAAUGCGAAUCGUAACGAAUGUGUCCCGCGAAAUGCGAGGAAAAAUUUGUGUGAAAUCGUGCGAAUCCUGCGAAAGUGAUGUCGCGCUGUUAUCGUUUAUUCUCGAUGUGUACUUAAUUACAAGUAUAACGUCACGUGGUGUGCGUGACUUCGUCUCGAAGUGAAAUCGCGACACAUAAGUAGCAGUAUAGAUAAGAUUGAUAUAAAUUUCAGAUGUGAUAACAACGGCGACAUUGAUCCGCCGAUUUACAGUACAUGCGUAUAUGUAUCAUUUUAAUUUUCGAAAGUAUAUAUAUCUUUUUUCUCUUUCUAAAUGCUACAAGUAUCCCCUAUAUGUCUCGUUGUAUUUAUAGCUUACCCCAAUUUAGAGCACGAAUGAGUUCGCGAAAGAAGCUAAAUAGAAUGUUGCAUUGAAUGUUGCUUUGUCUUCGAACUCGCCGGCAUCACCGUGUCGUGACAUUUUCGAUCGAACGUCAAAGAGAAAGAAAAUAACGGACGGUGCGUAUAUCAAGUUUCAAUUUCUUUGCUCACAAGCGAUGAAGCUUGAGGAGUCACUUAGUGCCUGCCUUUUACGUAUUAACGUAAUUCAGAUACUUCUAACGCUCACUGCCCUGUGAAUACGAUAAGAUGUAAUAACGAAAUGACGAGGAUCUCGAUACUGUAACGAGAAACAUAGACCGAAUUCUUACAGUCAUAAAAAAAUCCUAGUUUGUCAGAAUUUGCAAUAAUCAAAGUUUUAUCAUAAUAGUAUUAAUAAUUUUUCAAAUGUAAUAACUAUUAAGAAAUGAGACUCGCCGAGUAUUUGGUAAUAAAGAGUAAUAUAUGAAUCGCGAACUUCCGAUUCGCGGUUUUAUUCGGCGACGUUGAGGAUCAUCAGUUGAGUACGAUUCUUGCGAAUAGUCGCGAAAGACGUGGCUGAAAAAAUUUGGUCGAAUGUUUCUCGCGGAGAUUGGAGAAGCACCGCGAGAUAGUCAGGGAAACGCAUCAACUAUAGAGUUUCAAUGCCACUUCGCGCCUUGUCUUCGCAGCGUAAAGAACAUGAAUGCUGUAGUCGAUGUAAACAACGGAAAAUGAAAAUGAAUCAGGAAGGAGAACAAGGACGGGACUGGUAGGUGGGAUCUUACGACGCACGUGUGUCUAGUCUCGGAAAAGGAACUCUGCAUUACUUUCAUUUUAUAAAAUACAAUCCGUUUUUGUGCUGGCGCAAAUGUACGUGUACUAAUGAAAUAAAUCGUUUAUAUGGAAAACCA